AAAGAAAAGAUUUUUACAAAACGCUUUACAUUAACGCAAUGAAAAUUCGUUCUUUUAAAAACCCUUUAUUUAUACUUUUCCGACUUGUAAUUUUAAUUAAGGACCAUCUGUUGCUACAUUCACCCUUUAAUCUUGUAAUUACCUCAUUAAAGUCGGAUGUUUAAAGAGGAAUUAUUAAAUUGUGUCAACAAAGACAUUAAUUUAUAAUUAAAAAAACAUUAAUUAAAACAAUUUGUAAUUUGUAUUAAAUUUGAUCGGAAAAUUAUACCGGAAGUGGCUAACCAUAUUGAUAACCCAACGAAUCGACGUCGUUUCACUAAGAACUCAUUUGACGUUUAAAGAAAUGUCAAUAUAAGAUCGCAAGAAUUAAACAGUUUGGAUUGAUUUAUUUUAAUGUGAUUCGCUUGAUUUUUUUUUUGUUUUGAAAUUCACGUCAAAGUGGCGUCAUCGACAUAACCUAAAAUGACAAGUACAUAACCUCAAAUUUUUUUUGCAUUUUGCGUGGUGGUGCGUUUCCACUUUGGAACAAGUUGGGACAAGUCCUUUGGCAAGGAAAUGCCGACGCCGACUGAUCGGGCGACGACGUCGACGUCGCGACGCUUCACCACGCGCCAUCUACUCACAAUUCACGUCGGUACAACAACUACAAGUACAUAUAUAAGUUUUUGAUGUAUACAUAAAAAUGUCUGUGAAAUAGUUUCUUAGGAAACGCCACCGGUUGCUAACCGAAUUGUUGCGUUAUACAAUCAAAACAAUUAAAAAAUCUUUGAAAUGUGCGUCUACGUACGUUAUAGGGCAAUGAAAUAAAGGUGGGGUUAAGUACUGAAAUGUCAAAGCUCAGUUGGAAGGAUUUCGAGUAAAUCUACAAGAAUUUAAAGGUAAGAUGUAGAAUAGGUUUAAAUCACAUAGAUUAAAGAUUAGGUGUGAUUAAUAACAUCGAAAAUUCGAUUUUAAUUAGAAAAUCUAAAAUAUGCAUUAAACUAACUUUUCUGUCAUUAUAGUUUUAAAAAAACGGUGGUGCCAUCUAACAACGAAUAGCCAAACUAUAUUUAAAUUAACAAUAAGUUUAAACGUCAAGAUUACAUUCGAAAAUUGCUUAUGUUAACAUAUCCUUCGCUAAUAAAUCUUCAUAAGUGGUUCUUAUUUUUUUUUUGAAUACUUAGUUUUGUUUUUUUUGUUUCGUUAAUUGUUACUUGCAUUUUAGGAAUGUAAUACUCAAAAUGCAAUAAAUUUUUUCGUUUUACAUUAUUUAUUUUGUUUAUGUUAUUGGUACAACACCUUUUCUUUCUUAUUAUAUUUUUUUUAAUUUGCAAUAGUGUUUUAUUUAGUUCAGAUAAUUUGCACUAGAUGGAGUUACUUAAUAUUUAUUUUAAACUUGUCACUUUGACAAUUAAGAUUCAAAUUUAAUAAACCGAGUUUAAUGGAUAAACCAGAACCUUCAGCCUCCGAUACCGAAGGUUUUAAGAAAACCAAACGAGCGAGAUCUAUCGGGCAAGAUAGAGGGAACCUCGAUUUAAGCCAAAUCGGGUUCAUCGCGACAAAAUCAGCUUAUGAAUUCUUCAGCACCUCAUCGUUACAUUCAAAGAGAUUUCGAUUUUUGAAUUGUUUCAAACCUAAAGUUAGCACGUUUACAAAGGAUGAUUUGCAAGAUUCUGUUUUACGGUUACACAAAUAUUGCUUAACGCACCUUUUGGAUUCUUACCGAGUUCAUUUGAAUCGAUUAAAAGGGGUAUAUCUUCUUAAUGAAGUGGUCCGGAAAGUAAAUUUAGGAGAUUUAAAGGUUUCUCAAGUUGUACGAAUUAUUUGGUGUGGUAUCAGCAUCGUUCACCACUUUCAUAUUCGAUUAAAAGUUGGAUCUGGGCUUUCGGAAUGGACUCGAAGGAGGCAAGCUCACAACGCAAAUACUUGUUUUGAACAUCUCAUGACGCUUUUAUUGCCGGAUAUGUACUCGGUGGUUAUUCACUCGAUGGUGACUUUUUUUGAGGAAGCUCGACUUUGGGGUACGGAACUUUUAUGUACGCAACUUUUGGAGGUUGUAAUUAGCCACAGCCACGAACAAUCUAAGGCGAUGAACGUUUUAUUAGAUAUCGUCGAACAAUCGAACCCGAUUGUUGCAAAAAAAAUUUUGAGGGUGAUUUAUUUUUUGUUGGAAAAGGAUUAUUGGUCGGUGAUGGAUCUCGGGUUGGUUUCCAGAUUUUUGGAUAUGUAUAAAGAAAGUAUUAUCCCCGACGAACAAAAUCAAGAUUACACUUUUAUAAGUAAAGGGUUAGAGUUGUGCUUAAGAGCGUUAUUUUGCAAGAUUAAAAAGGAUUUUUUAUAUCACGCCAUAGAUGUGAUGUUAAGUUGGUGUUUAACGUACAACUUCCCAAACGAGAUUCUUUUGGAUUUUGGGAACGUUAUCGAGUUCGCAUCGGUUACUUACAAAGCUAACCUUUUAAGCGAUUAUUUCUCUGCGAACACAGUCAACCACAUUUUCGUUCUAAUUCAAUCCGAUAAUGUGUUAAAAAGUCUCUUGGGAACGAGAAUUUUUCAACAUUUAAUUAACAGGCACGGAAAUAAAACGAUAUUUGACGUGCCGAAGAUAUUCUUUCAAAAUGGGCAUUUUAAUAUUAACACUGGAAUUUAUGACACGCAAGAUAAAGAGUUUUUGAAGAAAUACCGCGAGCUUAUUCACAAUUCUUUAUUAAUAUCCGUUCAAAAUCAUGGUUUAAGAAGCCGAAUAAACAUAGAAAGUCUUUAUUGCGUCGUUGCUUUAUUAGUCGUUGAAAUUCCUUGUGGUUAUACAGCUGCGGCAAUGGCUUGUUUAAUGAUGGCCAUUCAAGAAUUAACGAUAUCUGCGUCAGGAGUUGAAUUGGAAUGCACGAAUAGAAUCCAUGCUAUCGUAAUGUCAGUUAUGUCUUUAAUAUGUUGGAUUCACAACGCCGAGAUUUUUUACGAUUAUUUAAACACAAUUUUGCAUAGAAGAGCUGAAUUAGCCCCCCAUUUAAACCCCCCACUUCAAGUUUUAUAUCAAUACGCUCGGAAUCAUGUUUUAUGGAAUAAGCCGGACUUGUUUUUUGAAGAUUGGGAGGUAAGAUACGGCCUUUGGAAGUGUUUUAGAAGCAUGAGGGGUGCCGAUAGUAAUAUGGGGAUAGUUGUGGAGAAAGAUGGGAAGUUAAGACUCGAAGUAACCUUUGCGGGUACCUUAAGAAAAGGGCCCGGUUCUUUUUAAGUCUUUUUUAAGUUUUUAAGUUGAAUUAAAAUUUAUUCCUCCCUGAAGGAAAUUCUUUCCUAGUUAUUUUUUAUCUAGUUAAGUAUUCAACUUGAUCAUUUUCGAACGUUUACUAUUCAAAACCGGGUUCCGAUAAAUUUAAAUUUCAUUUUCCAGGAUUGAAAUUCCUUUUAAAAUCUAUUUAAGAGGCCAAGUUUAUGGUAAUCGGAAAGUGAUCAUGAAUCUUUUUGAUGGCCAUUAUUAUUAAUUUAUUUAUAAUCAAUAAUUUUCUAUAUUGAAAUAAAUCCAAUUUCAAGGUUAUGUAUUGCGACGGUGUCACCAUCUAAUAUCGAUAUAACUAAACAAUAUCGAUUUUUUUGUCCAAUAUUUGCUGAAAUCGUUCAAAAAUGAGAAAAGGAAAUGAGAAGAAAUAUUUUUACAGUAAGUUUUACGAAUUUUUA